AUGAAGGGAGUAACCUGUGCCUUUCUCCUCGUGCUAGCAGCUCUGCCUGCCUUGGAAGCCAAUGAACCAACUGAUAAAGGCAGUCCCUUCUAUUAUGACUGGGAGAGCCUACAACUGGGUGGAUUGAUCUUUGGAGGGCUCCUGUGCAUCGCUGGAAUAGCCAUGGCCCUGAGUGGCAAGUGCAAAUGUAGGCGCAGUCACAAGCCCAGUUCCUUACCUGGGAAAGCCACCCCACUCAUCACUCCAGGUGAGCUGGACCCCUGCAGGAUGCAGGGAUGGAGACUGAUGGGGCAGCAGAGGGACUAG